AUGAAGGUCCGAACGAUUGUCUUGCUUGCCGCUGGAGUUAUCGCAUCUUCUCAGCAUAAUGCGCGUCGCUCUCGUGUAGUCCACCGCGACCGUCUCGACUGGGUACCGCACCGUGAGCGACUACUGCUUGAAGAACAGUUCAAGCAGUACUACCGAAUGAGCGCUGAUGCAUUUGACGAGUUGGUGCAUCUGCUGACACCGAGGCUCCAGCGAUCCGAGAAUCGGACUGCUACGAAGCCUAUCGAGGCAGUUAAUAUGGUGCAAAUGACGAUUUCGUGGCUUGCUGGUGGUUCUUACCAUACCAUUCGAGCUCAUGCUGGUGUGAGCAAGACAGCGUUUUAUGAUAUCGAAGUGGAGGUGAUGCAGGCAAUAUGUGAUCACGAGCGCUUCCGCAUUUCUGCCCCUGUCUACGACCAUGAAGCUAUGCAGAUUGCCUCUGGAGCAUUCGCUUCAAUCAGUUCGAACACUAUUAUAACCGGUUGUGUUGGCUGCGUGGCUGGCUGGCUGUGUGGUAAGCUGAUCUCCGGACGAAAUGAACCGUUGAAAGAACUCCUCGGAGAAUAA